AUGGCGACUGAUGCAUCCAACCAGACACAACGUGCCGCAUCAAUUAGCAUGGAGGAUAUUGCGCAGGAAGUGCAAUUGCUCUCGGAGAAAACGCUCCGGGAUAUCGCCAAAGGACCAUUGGUGAAAUUCACACUGGCAAAUCAAGAGAUCGAAAAGGUGACCAAGGUAUGGCAAUCGUUGAUUCAAACCUUAUCAACGGCAUCACUUUCACCAGGUCAUUCGGCUGAGGCAUGCAAUGCGACUUCUGCCUUCAUUGAUGCUGCUACAAAGUCCAAAUCCGAUGAGACUAAGCAGCUGGUGCUGUCACAAGAACUCUGGCUCUCAGUCUUUGACAUUUGCUUGAACCGUUAUGAAGAUGCCAAACCAAAGCCCAUCAAGCUUAUUCUGUCCUCACUCACUGCUGUUCUGGCAAAGAACCACCAGGGUGCCUCAAGGGCAGCCAUUCAGACCUCAGUGAUCGAUGCAAUAAUCCCAAGUAUCGUUCUUGGAGAGCCGCAAUCACGUUUGAAGGGAUGCCUGGUUUUCUUAGACUCUUUCAUUAGAAGAGAUGCCAUCUUGCCCGGUGAAUUCAUUCCGUUAUUCCGGGGGUGGCUUUCAAAGAACAAGACAAGCUGGGUUUCUGCGUUCAGCAAAAACCACGAGACCCUGUCACUCGGAGGCAACGAACCCAGUUUGGAAGUUGCGUCUAGCAACUUGUCAGAUGAAUUAGCGGCCAAAAUCUUCGUCCUAGGGCUUUUGGUCCAGACGAACAACAAAACGAUGGCUGUGCCUGCCGGGAAUUUAUUGGCGGCUUUGAUCCAGAAAAUGAAACCCGAAACCUCGGCAGAGAAAUUAUCAGAGAUGUGGGUGGCUCCAGCCAGACAUCUGGUUUUGGAAAAUGUGGAAGCAUUAGAAGAUUUAUCCAGCAGGCUUCUCCAGCCGCUGUUCACUGUGGAUCCGAAUGGAUUCAGGAUGUUCCUUAGAACACUGCCAGUGAAGAGUCUACUUGAGGGAGACAUGACCGACGCACCUGAGGCGGAAUACAUGAUUCUAUUCGCCGCGUUGCAGAUCGGCAAAAAGAUCAACCUGGUCCAUGAAGAUUAUAUCUUUGAUUCUGGAAAAUCGAAAAUAGACACUAACGACAUAUUGAUCUUGAAAAGUGAGGUGAUCGGCAAGUUUCUACUUCACCGUGAAUCCAGCAUUCGCACAGCGGCCCUUUCACUUCUGAUCACGACAUCUUCCACAAUCAAGCCAUUCACCGUCGGGGCAACCCAGGCCCUCCUCCGGGGACUGCCGUCUAUGCAUGCCGAGUCUGAGGCACAUGCCCGUGGCGAGAUUCUGAGCAUGAUGCGAAAGUUCAUCGUGCGUCUGAAGGGCGGCAUCGUUAGGGAGGAAGACGCCGGGCUGAAAAUCCAGAAAACAACCAACAAGCCAGCAACAGGCCAUGCCCGAAACGAGAAUCAGACAAAGGAGUUCUUGAAAUCAUACAUCGGUUUAUUGCAGAAUGACCUGCCCUUGAGCGCAUCGUAUGCGCGUCAUAUAACAGCCUUGAAGUCUUUGAAACUCCUCCUCGACUCUGGUCUUGAUCCACGAACAAACAUCAAGCUCCAGAAAUCAGAGACGGAAAACAUUUGGAAGGUGCACGUCGAAAUUUUCGAUUCCCAUCUCCUCCGACUGUUGGUUGAUCUUUUGCUGGAUCCGUUCGAAGAAGUUAGGCAAACUUCGCUCACCAUUUUGAACCUCUGUCCAAGAGAGGUUCUUCUUGAAUGCUUACAAAACACGACGAACGCAGGCAUGCGACUGACAGACGCAUUGAAGAGAGCAGAGAACCUGGCAAGCAACACAAGUAGAGCAGACCAUGCCGACACUGUUGCCCGACUAUACCAUCUGAUCUUCUGCGCCGCACUGCCAGGUAAUUCGGCACAAGGGGCCUCUGACUGGUGGUCAACCAAAGCCUCGGUAGUGAACACAAUCUUGACUAAGCUUGAGGAGCGUCUGCUAGGCCCGAACAGCUUGUUCAACUCUGUUAUGCGCGAGGCCCCGCUUCAUGGAUAUACCUCUGGGCUCAGAUACAUUGUUCUCAUGCCGAACUUCCAUACAUUGAUUUCUGAUGACACAGAAUCUACCGCAUGGCGAUCUGUUCAUGGGCGCAUUGAUGCCAUCUGUGACAAGAUUUGGCAAGAGGCCAAGUCUUUGUUGUGUAUUGAUUCACCAGAGGGUCACUCAGAUGAGCCUGUUGAGGAGCUGGAUAUGGGACCCAAGGAUGCCCUUUCAUACUCAUGGAGAUCUCUUCGGGAAUCAAGUAUCUUACUCCACGCAACCCUACUGAACCCAAGUUAUGGGCCAAGUGGAAGUUUCGGCCUCAAUCGCGUAGACUUUGCGAAGAUUGGAGGAGCCAGUUUCACUCAACUCGCCGAGCUCCGACACCGUGGUGCGUUCACGAACGUUUCACAAACAUUCGCAACGUGUUGCCAAAGGUGUAGCGCCUCCAAAGAUCCAGCAAUCCGCGAGCUUACUCGAGGCUGGUAUCAAGAAGCCAAGUCAACAAUCUUCGGUUCUGCAUCCAAGCUCACUCGUCGCUCCGCAGGUAUACCUGCAAUGGUUACCGGCAUUGUUGGCUCUGAUCCUGGGACCCCGUUCUUCCACGACGCAUUGAAGGAGCUUCACGAAAUUUCAUAUCUCCCCGUGGAAUACGAUAAGGAGAGGCAGUACUUGGAGUUGCCCCAAGUUCACGCAAUGAACUGCCUCAAAGACAUCUUCACCAACAACAAAUUGGGUCCAUACAUCGAACCGUUCAUCAUGAAGGCAUUGACUCUGUCUGCUGACCGCUUGGGAUCGCCAAUCUGGGCCCUCCGUAAUUCAGGCCUCAUGCUUUUCCGUUCACUCUUGACCAAGAUGUGCCGAGUGAUCCCAAGUGCCGGCCCCGGAUUCGGUGGCAUAUCUGGAUCCGAGCCAGGUGCUAGAAUCACGUUCCCCAAGUAUCCUGGCCUUCUUGAGCUACUUUCUGGCUUAUUGACAACGACGCAAGGUGAAGCAGCAGAAGGAACUGACAUUAUCACUGAACGAGUGUUCCCUGCUCUAGAGUUGGUCGGUGACAAAGUUCCCAGCCUAGAUGAUUCCACCGACGAAAUGCUGCGUGGCUUGGUUUUGCAGCAUUUGAGCAGCCCUGUCUGGGGUGUCAGAGAGCACGCUGCUCGUGUGUAUGCAUCGCUGCUAACCCGACAACACAUCCCUGAGGCUCUGCGCGCACUUGCGACAGUUCCUGCAUCUCCUACUGAGAACUAUAUACACGGCGUGGCUUUGACUGUGCGGUAUUCUCUUCGCCGCUACGCAGCCACCACUGAUGAGUUCUGGAUCGGUGAGUUUCUGCCCACAUACCCCCCGUUGAUCAAGCCUAACACCUCGGAAGGAAAUAUUGAUGGUCUUUUCGAGACUUUACGUGCAUUGUUAGGGGCCCUCUUCCAGGCUGGCAAAUCACCAACAGUUGCAACUGAGCUAGUUGAAAUCCUCAACGGCACCCUAGAACGAGCCAUUCAAGCUCAAUGUGAAGAUAAAGUCAUUCCUUUCGUCGAAGAGAUGUUCGAGUCUCACGAUCUGAACGGAGUCCUCAAAUUUGUAUUCGACGCUUCUAGUGCUGGUUGGAAUCUGUCAAGUACUACCCGAGCAUGCGCGCUUCUUCGAAGAGCACUCGCCUGGUGCACCGUAUUGAAACUGUUCAUUUCGCAGCAAUGGGAACAGGUCCCAGUGUUCUAUCAAGCCAUAUCCCAAUUCGACGCUGAUGUUGCUUGUUGGGUCUCAGAGCAGCUUCAUGAGACCAUAGGUGAGGACGAAAGGUACAGAAAACCACUGUAUGAUUUGUACUCGUUUGUGGUGUUGGGAUCUGGACGACCAGACGUGAGGACAAUGGCUGCUUCUAAUCUAGCCUUUAUCCUGGAGGACAUACUGUCGUCUCAGCCCAAUGUUCUAUCAAGCAUUGAUCUUCCGUGGGAGGCUAUUUUGAAUGCCUUCAAACCGGAGACAGAAAUUCAGGCUUGGAACAGAGAUGCCACUGACGCUGAACUUCGGCUUCGUGGUUGUUUACUAGCUAUUCGCACUAUCAUGAACCACCGAGAUACCCCUUCAUCUCUUGAGACCGAAAUCCAAAAUUGGACUAUCAAGCUUCGCUCAGCCUUGAGUGAGGAGACGGAAUUCACAACUCGGUUCGCUGCAGCCACAUCCGUUGGCAGCUUUUCACGCGCUAUUCGACCGGCUGGAACUCAACCACACGUGGAUGCGGUUCUGUUAGACGUAUACCUGGUCCUUUAUGAUUUGCUUAACGAUGACGACGAUGAAAUCCGCGAUGUUGCAGCUUCGACGGCUUCAUGGGUGUUGUCACAUUCUUCCAUCUCACCUGACGCCGAUGUCACUUUGGCACCUAUGAAUGCCAGUGCCCUUUUGGCCGAGUUUGUGGUACACAGCUACGCUGACUCUUCAGCACUUGGGCGACGAGUUUUGCUGUAUCUGACUGGGCAAGAACGAAGGAUCAGCGGGUCAUACGAGUCCAAACGCCUUGUUCCAGUGUCGGAUCUGAUCACGGAGUAUCGACAAGACAGUACUGUGUUAUUUGAGGAGGAGAAACAGAACCUGUUCAUCGACGAUGUUCGCGAGGUUGAGGUCUGGUCACGAGCCCUGGUGCAGCUGCAUAAAUCAGCAUAUGUAGGCACUCCUUUGCGUGAAGUAUCCACCUGGGCCAGUGAUGGUCUGACCUACCUGCACUCUCUCGUCAGCCCUGGCGCAGAACCAGAUGGUCUGCUAGGCUGGGCCUCCAAGCCCGAGAUCUUCAUCUUAGGGUCCCGUGUCAUUGCCAUUGCAUCUGCUCUAAGCCCCGAUGAUGCUCGAGAAUCGCUCACCCACCUCCUGGACUCAGGUCGCAAGGUAUCACUCCAUGGGCAUUGGUUAGCUGCGCUUUCGAGGGUACUCAAAAGCAAAGUAUGA